AUGACCAUCAACGGUACUACCUCCAACGGCAAGGACCGCUCGCAGCUCAUCCCCUUCUCUUCUCGUCUUCGUGAAGGGAGGGCGCUAGCUCAGGACGUCUGGUCGAUCUUCAAUGCUGCUAACCUCCCCGCGGACUGCAUCAACCUCGGACAGGGAUACAUGAACUUCGGGCCUCCGGAAUGGAUCAAGAGUGCGGCAGAGGAGGCGUUGAACACGGUCGCGACGAACCACUACUCGCACCCGAAGGGCCGUCCGCGGCUGCGGGAGGCGAUCAAGGCGCACUACGAGCCGGAGUUUGGGAGGACGCUGAACGCAGACACGGAGAUCCUGGUGACGAGCGGUGCGAACGAAGGCCAGUACUCUGUCUUCGUCGCCUUCCUGGAGCAUCGCGAUGAGGUCAUCAUGUUCGAGCCGUUCUUCGAUCAGUACCUCCCGUCCGUCACCUUCAACGGCGGUGUCCCCGUCUACGUCCCCCUCCAUCCUCCUACCGCCGCCGGCAAACAGAGCAGCCAUGAGUGGUCCAUCGACUUCGAUGAACUCCGGCGUGCUGUUACCCCCCGCACAAAAAUGAUCAUUCUCAACACGCCUCACAACCCAGUCGGCAAGGUCUUCACCAGGCACGAGCUCGAACAGAUCGCGGCCAUUGCAGAAGAGCACAACCUGCUCGUGAUGUCCGACGAGGUCUACGACUCGCUCGUGUUCGACAACGAAGAGCACGUCCGCAUCGCCACCCUUCCCGGCAUGUGGGACAGGACGGUCACUGUAGGCUCUGCAGGCAAGAUGUUCGCGGCGACUGGGUGGCGCGUAGGCUGGCUCAUCGGGCCCCCUUCGAUCAUCCAGCCCACGCUCGCUGCCACCACGCGCAUCGUGUUCUGCAGCAACUCGCCCCUGCAGGAGGCGUCUGCCGCCGGCCUCGAGCAGGCGAACAAGCGCGGCUUCCUCAAGAAGCAAUUGGACGAAUACGCCGAGCGUCGACGCAUCCUGACGGCCGGCUUUGACCAGCUGGGGGUCAAGUACACGAACCCCCAAGGGACCUACUUCGUGUUGCUGGACAUCAGCAACUUGCAGUGGCCCGACGAUUACCCAUUCCCGGAGAGCGUGCUCGGGAGGGGUCGUGAUUUCAAGGCAUGUUGGUUCAUUGCGAUGGAAAUCGGCGUGUCAUCCAUCCCUGUCAGCGAGUUCUACUGCGAAGAGCAUGCUUCCAUUGGGGAAGCAUACGCCAGGUUCGCGUUCUGCAAGGAUUUCGACACCCUGAAGCACGCGGUGGAACGCCUGCAGAAGCUCAAGCAGUACCUCGUAUGA